AUGUUUGUUUUUGUGAUGUUCAUGGCACACACAUCAGAUGUUUAUAUUGUUUCAAUGCAAGAUAAUGUCAAUGACAGUCGAAGAAGAUGUGCGAUUGUGCGUUACUCGAUUGAAGUUCAAGCUAUAUGUUUAACACUGUGGGAAUUGGGGUUUCAGUCUUACGAUUUUUUCCCACCUGCGCCACUCUCGCUUGCUGCGCUAGGGUUCUUGCAGCUUGCGAAUUUGAUACUGAGUCUCCCUCCUUCCCGCCUUGCUCAGUAUGUGUUUCGAUUUGGGUUUCGCUCCUUGUUUGUUUCGAUUUGGGUUAUUGUCGUGUACUUCUUUGCAGUUUUAAUCAGUUAUACCUUGGUUGAUCCAGUAACAAUGGUGAACCGAAAGACAAGAGCUAAGCGAAUUAGAAGGGAAUCACCACCAAGUUCUGACAGUGAUUAUAGUGAUGCUGAGAAAGGAGAAGAAAGUGAGGAAGAAUUUCUCCCUUUGGAUGAUUCUUCAGAGGAUGAUGAAGAGAUCAUUGCUGCUAGAGAGAAAGUUAUGAAUUUCAGCAGAGGAUGGAAGUCUGUGGCUAUGCUACAGGAAAGUGACAAAGAGGAUGAUGGUGACAAUGCAAAUGUUAUUGAUGCUGAUGUCGGUGGUAUUGAUGUAGAUGAUGGGGUUGGUGGUAGUGUUAGAGAUGCUGGGGUAGGUGGUAGUGAGGAUGCUAAAGAAAAUAGUGAGUCAGAUGGACAUUUGAGUGAAUAUUUGGAAUCUUCUGAUCCUGGCAGCUAUAGAGAAAACGGUGAGGAGGACCCUGAGUUUAGAGAAGAUGUUGUCAUAAAGAAGAGUAGAUAUCCACGUUUCAAAGGCAAUAAAGGUAUACCCUCUUUUGAGCUUGGCAUGUUAUUUCAGUCUAAUGAUGAAUUUAAAGAAGCUGUCACAACAUAUGCAAUUAUGAGUAGAAAAGAUAUAAGAUUCACAAAAAAUGAGCCCAAAAGAUGCAGAGCUAAAUGCAAAGGGGCUGCUGAUUGUAAAUGGAUUAUUUUUGCAUCCUAUGACAAAGUGAUUGACAGUUUUCAAGUGAAAACUUAUGUGUCUGAACACUCAUGUGAACCAAAAAGGGUAUUGAAGAGUCUGACCACUAAGUUUUUAGUCUCUAAAUUCUAUGAUCUAGUAGCUGCACAUCCAGAAAUUAAGAUUAGGUAUCUGAAGCCUUUUAUAGAGAGAACAUUGCAGUUAGAAAUUAACUUAACUCAAUGCAAAAGGGUUAGGAAGAGAAUAUUGGCUGAUUUGGCAGGUAAUUGUGUAAAGGAGUAUGCUAAACUCAGGGAUUACGCUGAGGAGUUAUUAGUUUCUAACCCUGGUUCCACUGUUUCCUUACUCAUUGAUAGACAAAAUGAGAAUGAUCCACCAUCAUUUAAAACAUUUUAUUGCUAUUUCAAAAGUUGCAAAGUUGGGGUUUUAAAUGGAUGUAGACCAGUGUUAGGAGUUGAUGGUUGUUUCCUUAAGGGGUUGGUAAAGGGUGAGCUACUAACAGCGAUUGCUAGGGAUGGGAACAACCAAAUGCUCCCUGUUGCUUGGGCUGUAGUUCUAGUUGAGAAUACUGAGACAUGGACAUGGUUCCUAAACUUGUUGAGGCAUGAUCUUGGGACAGCUGAGGGAGAGCUCUGGACAAUAAUAAGUGAUAGACAAAAGGGAUUGGUUGGGGCUGUUGCGGAAACAUGGUCCAAAGCUGAUCACAGGUUUUGCCGUCAACAUUUGUAUGCAAAUUGGAGCAAGACACACUCAGGAAGACAUUUGAAGAACUUGUUCUGGGCCCUAGCUAAGUCCACCAACAAGUAUGAUUUUGAUAAGAAUUACAAGAAUCUUGAGAGGGUACACCCAGAGGCUGCUAAGGACUUGAUGAUGUGUGAUCCUAAGCAUUGGUGCAAAGCUUUCUUCUCAGCAUGGCCAAGGUGUGAUUCAAAUGAUAAUAACUUGUGUGAAGCAUUUAAUGGGACAAUAGUUGAGGCAAGAAGCAAGUCUAUAAUUUCUAUGUUAGAAGAUAUUAGGAGGGCAAUGAUGAGGAGGUUUAGGGACAAGAAAGUUGGUGUUAAUUCAUGGAAACAUGAGUAUGGUCCAUUGAUACACAAAAAAAUUUUGCACAAUGUGAAUGAGAGUCAUGUAUGGGUGUCUGAAUGGAAUGGGGGAGGGAGUUAUGAAGUCAGACAUGGUACUAAUCAAUUUGUUGUUAGAUUAAGAGAAAGUGAGUGCACAUGUGGGGCAUGGCAACUUUCUGGAAUCCCUUGCCCCCAGGCCAUCCGUGCAUUACAUGAUAAUGGUGACAAGCCUGAAGAUUACAUUAAUCUUUGGUACAAGACACCAAUUUAUCUGAGGGCAUAUCAAUUACCAAUAGAGCCAAUUCGAGGAGAAAAUAUGUGGCCAAAAAGUGAGCAAGAUGUUGUGGUUCCUCCAAAGUUGAGGAAAAUGCCUGGGAGGCCAAAGAAGAAAAGGAGGAGGGAAAUUAAUGAGAAUGUUUUGAAACACAAAUUGAGCAGAGUUGGGAGGCCAGUAACUUGCAAUGUUUGCAAAGGCAAAGGUCACAAUGCAAGAAACAAAAAAUGUCCAGGAGCCAGCAGCCAAAGGAGUACCCUCACUGCAUGUAGGACACCAAACCAGCAGACUUCUCCUUCCAUUGCUUCUGCUUCCAUUGCUACUGCAAAUAUGGAAGGGACCACGACUGGCUCAUGUCAAACUACACAAGGACAGUCUAGCAAUUCAAUGGCUGCACCAAGGUCUAAGUACGUCAGCCGUUUUCACAAAGACUGCAGGGCUAAGAGCAAUCCAAGCAAGAGAACAAUUCCCACUGGUCUUGGUCUUUAUAUCAAUCCCGAGACAGGUCGAUCAAUUCUCAAUACAAGUAAUGGGUAAAGUUUACUUUCAAUUGUUCUAUAUUUAGAUUGUGAUGAAAAUGUAUUGACACAGGAUUUGUUUGUCUUUAUUGUAGCCUGGAACUUCAAUGGCUAGGGUGGUCGACCGUGGAAGUCAAAAUUCCAUGACUAAGAACAACUCAUCCCAGAAUGAAGCUGGAGGUGGUGGCUCUUGAAGAAUGGAUUUUAUUGUCUCACUAUUUGGAAUUGUUAUGUUGUUUUUGUUUGUUAUGAACUUAGUUUUCAUUUAAUGAUGGUUUUUAUUGUUACAAUAUCUGGAUUUCUAUUGGGACUUAGUAUCCCUGGAAUUGUAUGAAUUUGAAUAUCUAUUGUCUUGUUUUGUCGUUGAUUUGGGACCACUGAAGUAUCCUGUAAGUCUUAUGAAUGUUGAUAUAUGGAUUGCAGCUACAAGUUAAGUAUAUGAAGGUUUCGUUUGACCCUAUUACAUAAACUGUAAGGGCUUACUUGACCCAUCUCAUAUUCGUAAAGGGCUUUGUUGACCCCAGGAAAAAAGUCAACAAAUAAAUAAAGUUUUUAAAUUGACUAAAUGUAAAUAAAUUAAUUCUGCCACGUGGUAUCAAUGUAUUGGUGGUUGUACACGUGGAAAUUGAUUUAAAAAUAAAAAAAAUUACACCUCAACACUUAACGGCCACGUCAUCAACGUUUUGA